AUGGCUCCUGUUCGCGAUCCUCGUCCAAUCGUUAUUUCGGGCCCGUCCGGCGUCGGCAAGGGCACCCUCUACAACCGGCUGUUCGAGAGACAUCCUGAUACCUUCACCCUUUCGGUAUCUCAUACCACCCGCGGACCGCGUCCGGGCGAGCAAGACGGUGUGCAUUACCACUUCGUAACAAAGGAGGCGUUCUUGGAAUUGAAGGCGAGAGAUGGUUUCGUCGAGAGUGCGCAAUUCGGAGACAAUUACUACGGCACAUCGAAAGCCACGAUCGAGGAGCAGACCGCUAAAGGCAAGACGGUCGUUUUGGAUAUCGAGGUGGAAGGCGUGAAGCAGAUCCGGGCCCUGGGCUUUCCAGCCAGAUUCGUCUUCAUUGCGCCGCCAUCCGAGGAGGAGCUUGAGAGGCGGCUGCGGGGCCGUGGAACAGAGAAUGAGUCCGCGAUUCAAAAACGGCUGAACCAGGCGAAGGUGGAGUUGGAGUACGCCAAGGUGCCCGGCGUGCAUGACAAGAUCAUUGUCAAUGAUGAUUUGGAAAAGGCAUACAAGGAGCUUGAGGAAUUCGUUUUUGCUUAA